AUGGUUGGCACAAAGAGAAGACGCGACGACGACGAGAAUGACGACGGCACCCCGCAAAAGCUGCGCGCCCGCAUAGCCGACGAGGUAACAGGCGACCAGGAUCCCCUCGAAGCCCAUACGCCCUCGAGAAAGGGGAGGACAUACCUCGCCGAGCAUGGCACCCCUCGAUCCAUCUUGAAGAAAUCCGGCUUCCCCAAUGCAGUCGCUGCCACUCCAAAGUCGGCGCGCAAACUUGUCUUUGAAACCCCGACAAGGUCUGCUAAGCGUGAUUCCCCAGAGGGCACCCCCACCCUCGUCCGCAAUGCCGAUCGAAGUGCACGUCGGAAGAGCAACAGGCGCAUGCUGGAGCGCACGUUGAAUGGAAUAGACAGCGACGAGGAUGUCCUUGACGAGGAGGAUGAGCUCGCCCAACAAAUUCUCGACGAGCCUGCCGACGAGGUAGAACAGUCCACCCAAGAGGCGCCCCUAGAAGAAGAAGCCCCUGUGCCCGAGACUCCCUCGAAGCGUGGAAGGGGCCGACCCAAGGGAUCGGGCAAAGUUGGCCGCCCGCGAAAGCAACGCUCGCCCACCCCGCCGACUGAAUUGCCUCCGCACGAGGAGUACUUUUGGCAGAACCGUCCUGCAGGCACAAAGACAUCCAACAACACCCUCUCCGCACAGAGCCUCCUCAGCCAUGACGAGUACUUUCAGGCAAUACAAGCAUACCAAGACCCUCACCAGUCUGAAAUAGACUUUUUGCUGGAACUGCAUGGCCGUGCGUACGACCAAUGGAUGUUCGAGCUCGAACAGGGUUUCAACAUUUGCCUCUACGGCUAUGGCUCCAAACGCAUCAUUACAGAACGCUUCACAGCCCACCUCUACCACUCCCUCCUCGACCGCGCGCCUUAUAAGGGAACAAAGAAGACGCCAAAGAUAGCAAUCAUAAACGGUUAUGCCGCUGGCACUACAAUCAAAGAACUCCUGACGACGGUCGCAUCGGCUGUCGUGCCGGCGAAUUUGAAGCUGCCUAACCAACCUACGGUGCUGCUCGAUUUCAUCUUGGAGCACCUGACCAACAACCCACCAUCGCACCCAGUACCCGUCGUCUUGAACUCCAUCGACUCGCCCUACCUUCGCAAAACCCCGCUGCCGUCCAUGCUCGCCCGACUAGCCAGCCACCCCUCUGUCAAUCUUGUAUGUACAGCAGACACACCAAACUUUCCUCUGCUAUGGGAUGUUGGUCUCAAAACACAAUACAAGUUUUUGUUUCACGACGCAACUACCUUUGCGCCCUACGACGCAGAGAUGGACACUGUCGAGACUGUCAAUGAGCUUCUUGGACGCAGCGGCAGACGAGUAGGCGGCAGAGACGGUGUGGGCUUCGUUCUGCGCUCCCUACCAGAACAAGCGCGAGAACUAUUCCGCAUCCUGGUCAUGGAGCAGCUUGCUCUAUCCAUGAUGGAAGGCAUGGACUUAGACGAAGACGACGACGUCACUGCCACACCAAAGUCAAAGAGUGCACAAGUAAAGAAUGCCCUGCCAGAAUCUACCCAAGGUGUUGAGUACCGCGUCCUCUACCACAAAGCCGUUGAGGCUUUUGUAUGCACUAGUGAAGUUAGUUUUAGAACCUUGCUUAAAGAGUUUCACGAUCAUCAGAUGAUUGAGAGCCGGAAAGAUGGUAUGGGUACAGAGCGGCUGUGGGUUCCGUUCAGACAGGAAGAGUUGGAAGGUCUCGCCGAAGACCUCGCUGGAGAGGCGUUUUGA